AUGGCGCCGCGGCACAGUAGGCUGACCAAGCCUCGCAUGUGGACGUACCGGCGGCCCCGCUGGACUGCGCCUCCCCCGCCAGCACCACCUGCACCCCACUCUGCAGCGACACCGCGCGCGCUGGUGGUUGAUUCCGCCGUCGUGAGCACGGGCGAAGGGGCGAACGCGGCAACGGCGUCCUCUGCGGCGGACGGCAGCGCACCGAGCGCAUCGCACAUGGCGAGGAGGAGCAGCAGCAGCAGUGGGCGGCGACGGCGGCGGCGCCUAGAUGAAGCCGACCAUCCCGAUGACGAUGAUGAAGACGAUGAAGAUGAAGAUGAUGAUCACGAUGAUGAUGAUGAUGAUGAUGAUGAUGAUGAUGAUCGCAUUGACGAGACGCUGAGCGACAGCAGCGAAGACGAGAACGACUGCUUCCUGUUCCUGCGGCCGCCGCAGUGCUACAGCGCGCUGCUCGAGCCCGACGAGACCCCCGAGGACCUUGCGCGGGUCGCUGCCGUGUCGUCGUCGUCGUCGUCGUCGUCGUCGUACGCGGGGGACGCCGGCGACGGACUGGGCGCGGACAGGAAGAGCGAGGCAGUCAUCCAGCAGCAGCAGGAGGACGACAGCGAGGGCGAGCGGCUCUACUCGUCAGACUCGUCGGACGACUCGGACGACGAUGCCAAGCUCACGCGCUUCUCGGCUGCGUGGCCAAGGCUGUUCGUCCCGCGCAGGCAGCUGGCUGGGACUGGAGCUGGAGCUGGAGCAGCGCUGCCGCCAAUGUACCCGGGCGUCCUUCCUCAUGCGGUUUCAGGUGGGCAGAUCUCGGCCACAGCACCACGGCUGGACCACUCUGCAGGCGGUCUCAAUGGAGAUGCCAGUCUCAUCGCGCUAAUAGCUGGCGACCAACCAGGCAAUCACCACCAUUCUCACGCUGCUGCUGCUGCUGCAACCGCCGAUGCCGCUAAACCAGUCGCAGCCACCACUACUGCUGCUGCGCUCAGUCACUCAGCGAUGCACGAGCACUUUGCCAACGGAAGUAGCAUGCACGAGCAAUCGCCGCUGCGACCAACCCCAGGUGGAGCAGCAGGCCGGGGCAAGAAGCGACCCUCGCGCGAUUGGCGCGUCCCAAUACGCGACUCUGGCAAGCCAACGAUGAAUCUAGCAACGCUGCGAGCGUCCAAGCACAAUCCAGGACCCCUCUUCCGUCACGGCUUGACCAUCAUGCUCGCCCAAAACUUUUUCAAUUUGCCAGCCAACGCAACGCACAUCCACAUGAUCAACCAUCUCGCCGACCAGCAGCAUUUGCGCGACUUUACCGCGAUUGUCACCGGUCCCCCAUCGCUCAACCGCCCGUAUGACUUGUCCACGUCUUACCCACCCGAGACCAGCAGUGACAGCAGCAGCAGCAGCAGCAUCAGCAGCAUCACGACGACGACGACGACGUCCACCACCACCUCAACAGCUGUCGAUGAAGCUGCCACCUCUUCGCCUACAUCAACUCCUACGUACGCGAGUGUGACCGCUCAAGCUCCUCCUGCCACCAGUAAUGCCGCAGACACCCUCGAUGAGCCUGCCGAUCCCCAAUUCGAAGCGCUGCGAUCCAUCGUCCACCACCUCCCACGCGAGGUCUGCACGUGGACCGAGUACGCCGAGUUUCUCGAUUUGCAGGAGUGGACGGAUGCUGAAAAGCGGCGACACAACCGCAUUGUCGAGCUGCUCGCAGACACGGCGCCCGGUGGGACGUGCGCACGGACUCGCCGCGUUCGUCGCGAGUGUCUCGAGUACACGGAUUGCUGCCCGUUUGACUGCUCGCGCGAUGCUGAAGCUGUUGCAGCUGUGCUCGACGCGGCGGUGCGUGGCAAACAUGUCUUGGCACGCGCUCUGCAGGACGCGAGCGAGCUGGCGCUGGCCGGUCGGUUUUUCUUCCGCAGCCAACGUGGCUGGACGCCCUUCGUGCUCGCUGCGCUGCAAGGCGCACCGACGGCCGUGCCACGCUUGCGCGGACGGGUGUCGCUGAUGCCGUACUUGCACAUUUGCGACGACGUGUUCCAGCACGAUCGCGGCUUUGGCGCUCAGCUCUGCUCGUUGCUCAUGCUGCCUGUGAUUGGCAUGGUGGCCCCGUCGCCUCUGGUGGCUGCCAUCCUCAUGGGCCGGAUUUUCAUGCUUCAACCGCUGCUCGAAGCUGGCGCGCCCCUGGAGCGGCUUGCGCUCACUGUGGCGAUUCAGCGCAAUGCUGUGCGUACCAUCGAGUUGCUGCUGCACUCUGGCCUGUCGUUGGAGCCGUCCGGCCCCAUUCCAGCCGUCGACACUUCUGCCUCAUGGUUUGGAGCGCAUCAUCAGCCAUCAGCCACGACAGAAGCAGUCUCCUCCAUUUGGCUGUCGUGCCGAGCACCUGCCUCAACCGCUGCUCCUCCUCAAUCCACUCACGAGAACCAGUCCUCUGAUCCCGCCACCACCAACCCGUCUGAACUAGGUGCAACUGCGCACGUGCGACACCGCUCGGAAGAAGCAGACACGGCCCAAACCAACGCGCCUCCAAGCCCGCCUCAUGCCACUGCUUUCAUUCCCGAGGCCAUUAGCCGUCCGCACGGCGAGGCGUUCUUGUGGCUGCUCGCCAAUCACGACCUGACGACAGCGAUCGGAGAGACGCCCCUGCACGUGGCGGUGCGCGCAGGCGCACAGCGCUCGUUUGAGUAUCUGAUUGUGCAGCAUACCCGGGCGUUCGACCGCAUGAGCCGAACCUACAAUGAGUUUGGACAGACGCCGUUGCACGUUGCCGCGAUUGGCCUGUGCUUGGACGCUUCGCACGAUGGCGGCUCGUGGGCACGCAUGCUGUUUGCCAUGCUGAUGAUUGCGCAAGAUCGCAAUCCACCCAUGCACGCGCCCCGUCUCGUCAGGACGUACGUGCAGCAGACCCAGCCCCAGUUCACGCUGUCCGCGGCCGAGCAUUGGCAGCCCGAGCCGCACGCACCGUCGCGACCAAAGGGAAUGUUCCCGGCGUUCUUGGCUGCCUACCGCAACCGCUUUUCUGGCACCCCACCGCUGCUGGAAGGCGACAUGGCCGGCUUUACGCUCGUGCACAUUGCGGCGUACUUUGACCACGCGCGGCUGAUUGAGCAGCUUGCCCCCGUGCUUCCGCCCGAUCGCCUGCGAGACGAGUUGAGCCGCCACGACGCGCGCGGCCGCACUCCCCUGCACAUUGCCGUGCGUCUGCGCAACUACCGCGCAGCCUUUGCCCUGCUCAUGUUUGACGCGCGCGUGGAUGUGUGCGACCGCCACGGCCGCACGCCGCUCAUGUACCUGCGCCAGCCCGAGUCUGUUCCCGGCGAUCUGCGGCUCUGGCGCCUGCUUGCCGACGCCUACGAGCGUGCCCGGCUCAUUUUCGUGCACGAGAAAGCCAUGGCUGCGGCCGGCAUCACAGCGACAAGCGAGGCGCACGAGGGAGCAGCAGCUGCAAGUGGCUCGGUCGUUGCGACCGGUUCGGAUGCUGCUGCUGCUGCUGCUCCUGGUGGCGAGGCCAGUACGAACGCGGGUCACGACGCCGAGCUGGAUCCCGACGAGAACAUUCUCGUACACACGUUUACUGCGCGGGAUGCACGCGGCCGUACGAUCUGGGACCGUUUCGCGCAACGCGGUGUCCAUCCUGACAUGCUCGAGAUGCUUCGUCGCAAUCUGUACCAGACGGAUGAGGACAUGUGUCGCAGCGAGCUCGGCGAGUAGUCAGACCUAGACCUUUGUGAUUUUGUGAUUUUUUUGAAACAAACCAACCGACUUGAUUUUGAAACUCAGAUUGAUGAAAAACAUUACAAC